AUGAACGGCCUACACCGGCUCCGGGGGGUGCCGGGCAAGGGCCGCAUGACCCGUCUAUCUGUUCCUCCGAGGCGAGCCGUCGCGUCUGCGGGUGGACACGCGCUGUUGCAAGGUCUAGCGCUCUUGUUGCAGACCAUUCCCAGGGACAUCGAUGCUGCAGUGCUUGAUAUCUCGGCAAGUGACCACCACACGUAUGCGGUGGGAGCAAGUGGGCGGCUGGUGCGUUUCGGUGCUCGAAAAUCGAGUGCUCGCGAUAUCCCGGGAGAGCUGCCUCCGGUUGUGGCCGUGUCAACUGGAAGUCGCCACACCUGCGCCAUCCAGGAUGACGGACAACUUUGGUGCUUCGGCUGGAACAAGGAUGGACAGUGCGAUGUCCCAGAUGAUUUAGGCCCUGUGACUGCAGUUGCGACUGGCGACUCACACACCUGUGUCGUGACACUGGUCGGCGAGCUUGUCUGCUUUGGCUCUCGGCGGUUUUCUCAAGUUCCCGAAGAUGCCGGAGCCGUCGUAGAUGUCUCUGCCGGUGCGAGGCACACAUGUGCAAUCCGACGAGAUGGGAGUUUCUUCUGCUUUGGCGCACAUGGUGGCCAAAGGCCGAUACCGGCAGGUUUGGAAUUCAUCCUCGCCGUUUCAGCUGGGUAUGACUACACCUGUACUAUAGGAACCGAUGGUUCCUUACUGUGCUUUGGAGAAAAUGACCACGGCCAGUGCAAUAUUCCCGACGAUCAUGGGCCAUUUGUGGAUGUCACUGCAGGUACUUUCCACACAUGUGCAAUUCGUGCAGAUGGCCAGCUCGUCUGCUUCGGCCGGAAUGACGGAGGACAGUGCGACGUUCCCGACGAUUUAGGCGCCGUCGUGGCAGUUGAGGUGGGUCUUGCGCAUACUUGUGCCGUGACUGUCGAUGGCUGUAUCUCCUGCUUCGGGUCCAACAAAUGGACACAGUGUGACGUCCCUUCGAUGCUCAAUCCAAGAAAAACAGUGUUCAGUCAUGAAGCUUAA